CUUGAAAAUGCUUUGAGGCCAAGAAUACAUCAAAUGUGCUUAAAUAUGCAUAUUUCUGACUAAUAAUAGGCUCUAGUCAACCACGAAACAACCAUCAUUCAUUCAUUCCUGAAGAGCCGUGAUAUAGUGAGGGAGUGAUAAUGGAACUGUGAUAUUGUGAGGGAUUACUGUAACAUAAAGCAAGGUCAAAAUAUUGCUAUUAUGGAUACUGUACCAGGGUGGUAUCGGUAUCAGAAUGAUCCCAGCUUGAUGAGAGUCAUAUAGUUUUAUUUUCACCAAUACCGUAUCUGUGUUUAUUGAACGUGUGCUCUUAUUCCUUAGUAAACUAAUUGGCCAGUCCAUAUGUACUCAUGGGUUUAUUAGGGGCGUGGCAGCAGCAUUCAGAUCAGUGCUCCAACCGGUUCAGGUUAGUCAUGUUCCAUGUGGGCUUGUCGUCUACAUCAGAGUAGCAAAGAGGUACCAAACUAACUAGUUUGUCAAGACUUCAUGGAGACAAGCCAGUGGUUGCAAUGACAUGUUGUGUUGUUGGAGUGGAGUCUAAAGGCGGAGUCUCACCAGCAUGGACUUUGAACUACCCCUCAUGGUUAAUAACUGGCAAGAGAGAAAACUGAGGUUGCCUUUCACCUCGCUCAUUUUCACAUGACAGAUCCACCCCGGCACUUGACUGAAUCUUCAUACUGGAUUACCUGAACUCCAACACAAUUGAAGUGAAAGCGAGUGCUGGUGGUUUUGAUCUUACGUCAGCGAUGAGUUAGUUAAUCAAGUUAAUCUCCAAGAUCUAGUCAUGCCAUGGAAGUAAUGCAGCACUUGUUCAGCAAGACACACCCCACACACACACCAGAUGACAGAUUCCUACGAAAAGCUUCACUCUCGGGAAAAAUGUUUAUUUUUCCAUGGUCCUUAUGGCUUGUUUUGCUGGCUUUGCAUAAGUCAGCCUGCAGUUUGGAGGGAUAUGCUUUCCCACAAGUCACCUGCUCACAGGUAAGACUUUUGUACCCAUCAGGGUUGUUGUUGUCCUGGACAGCAUCUCAUAAACAUGAUUACAUCCCUCACAUUUCAGCAACCGUUUUUAUGACAUCUCAGAAAGUAAACUUGGAUAUACAGUACAGCAAUCCCUCCUUUAUGGCGGUUCAUUGGUUUCACACCCGACCUUGAUACGUGAAUUUCCACAAAGUGGGUUUCCUUAUUUAUAAAUGGAAUAUGUCUGUAGUUAGAGCAUAUAAAACCUGUUUAUGACCUUCCUAAUACACUUUUUAACAUUACUAGAGCCCUCUAGACAUGAAAUAACACCCCUAUAGUCCCCUUUACACUUCUAUUACCCAAUAAAGUGGACAUAAUUACUAGGGGUUUCACAAGAUCUUGCAAGGUUAACAAGUGCUAAGAUUUCUCAUGCAGAAAAAAGUGUCCUGUGGGCACUAAGCACAAUAAAUAAAUGAACGGAUCACACAAUAAAUGAAAAUAAAGCAGCUGAUCAAUAUAUUGCCAUGUGCAUGCGUGUCUGUUUUCCUCGUCUCUCGCCUCUCGCCUCCAAACAGGCAGGAAGAGCAUCUCCUGCAUCGUCUUGUCUCGUGAACCAACUGUCUUGUGAGACCCCUACUAAUUACAGAAAAUAAGACUCAUGCUCGUGUGUAUUACUGUAAAUGUGUUCCAGUGCUAUGGGGAGCAGAGUGGCGGGCAGACAGGAAGUGAUGUCCCAGCUUCAUAGUUGAGUUUUAGCUGGCCGCAACAUUAGCCUGGGUUUUUAUUAGGGAAAAUUUGAAGCGCAAAGUGGCCAGGACGACUAUAGUUCGAGUAGGUUCAUUUUGUCUGAUUGAAAAUAUGCAUACUGUAUCUUUCAACCCUUUCCCUUUCUCUUGAGAAAUUCCCGUAUUUUGCCCUUUUUUCCCGGUGCCUUGCUGUUUUAAUAGUUUGCCCAUGUUUUAAAGGUGCUGUCCCUCUUCACCUCCAAAUUACACUUUUUUAAACACAGAAAUAUACUGCUCAAAAAAAUUAGAGGAACACUUCGAAAACACAUCAGAUCUAAACUGGGGGAAAAUGAUCUUGAAUAUCUUUCCUGAUAAUAAGUGGGUGAUGUAUUAGUAACAAAAUGAUGCCACAUAAUUUGAUAGAAAUGAAAAUGAUCACCCUAUAGAGGGGGGAAAUCAAAGACACCCCAAAAAUGAAAGUGAAAAAAUGAUGCAGCAGACUGGUCCAUUUUGCCAAAAUGUCAUUGUAGCAACUCAAAAUGAUUCUCAGUAGUUUGUGUGGCCCCCACGUGCUUGUAUGCAUGCCUGACAACGUCGGGGCAUGCUCCUAAUGAGACUACGGAUGCUGUCCUGGGGGAUCUCCUCCCAGAUCUGGACCAGGGCAUCCAUGAGCUUCUGGACAGUCUGAGGAGCAACUUGGAGGCGCCGGAUGGACCUAAACAUAAUGUCCCAGAGGUGUUCUAUUGGGUUUAGGUCAGGUGAACGUGGGGGCCAGUCAAUGGUAUCAAUUCCUUCAUCCUCCAGGAACUACCUGCAUACACUAGCCACAUGAGGUCGGGCAUUGUCAUGGACCAGGAGGAACCCAGGUCCCACUGCACCAGCGUAGGAUCUGACAAUGGGUCCAAGGAUUUCAUCCCGAUACCUAAUAGCAGUCAGGGUGCCAUUAUCUAACCUGUAGAGGUUUGUACGUCCUUCCAGGGAUAUGCCUCCCCAGACCAUCACUGACCCACCACCAAACCGGUCAUGCUGAAUGAUGUUGCAGGCAGCAUAACGUGGAACACGUGCGCUACAACUAGUUUCCCCAGGGAGAUAAUAACAUGUGACCCAUAAUAGUUGAGUGAGGGGGUACUAAUGGUAUAGCAAAAACUCUGGGAGUACACGAGACAGAAAAGGUUGGGAAACACUGGUUUAACUUUCCGUAUUUAAAAAAAAAAAAUCCUCUUUAUUGUUUGAACUUCAGUGUGCAGGACAAUGAUGCAGUGGGCAGUGACUGAGGAGGGAUGGGUGUGGGGGUACUUUCAAAUGCGAACGUUGACAGGUAUGGUCAACACAGAACCAUUAUUGUCUAAAUAGCUGUCAACUAGGGCUGUAAAUGUAUCACUUAUCGGAUUUCUUCGGUACGGAACCUUCUCUUCAGUACAGAGGCUUACCGAUUUACGCGGUACACACUGAGUGAGGUACAGGAAGUGUAACGCCACUCAUUUACUCGGUAAACGAAACAAACAAUACCCAUGCAACGAAGCCUGUGGCUAGCAGGAGCAUGGCUAGCAAUACUGCUAAGGAACUUGAAAAGCCUCAUCCGUCCUUAAAGUCCGCAGUUUGGGAACACUUCGCCUUCGCGGUGGAAUACGUCAACGGACAGAGAGAAGUGGACAAGACGAAAGCAGUAUGCCGCCAUUGUUUCGCAGAGAUCGGGUAUGCUUUUGGAAGUACGUCCAACUUGUUUAGUCAUUUGAGACGGCACCACGGCUAUGUGAACAUCGGUACUAGGAAAACAAGUAGCCUGGUGCUAACGAAGAAAAGUCAACAGCGCUUCUCUUUAGAGCGAGUCAAUGCCAUAACAAAUGCCAUCGGUGUGUUUAUAGCGGCGGAUUUAAGGCCCUUUUCAGUUGUUGAGAACACGGGCUUUAAACACAUGCUGGGAGUCAUUGAACCCCGGUACCAAGUUCCUUCUCCAGCCCACUUCCGCCAGAAAAUAAUACCAUCCCUCUAUGAAAAAACAAAAUGUGCUGUGAUGGACGACUUGUCAAGGGCAUCUGCUGUGGCGCUCACAGCUGAUGGAUGGACAUGCAGGGCUGCUGUGAGCUACGUCACGGUGACUGCCCAUUACAUCACCCCAGACUGGACUCUAGCAAGCCAUGUUCUGCAAACCCGGGCCAUGUAUGAACAAACCAGCACACAUGUUGCAGAAGAAAUCAAGAGGAUAGUGUUAGUGUGGAACCUGGAGAGGUCAGGAGCAACAAUUCCAGUAACAACAGACAAUGCAGGAAACAUGGUCGAUGCAGUCAGUGAAGCGGGACUGGGCCCCCGAAUUGGAUGUUUUGCGCACACAAUUAACAUUGCUGCACACAAAGUAACGGGACUCAACCAAGUGUCUAGAGUGCUAGAUAAGGUGAGGAAGAUUGUGUCUUUCUUUCAUCGUAGCCCAACAGCCACACACCUGCUGGAAAGUAAACAGGAAAUGCUAAACGCUCCAAAACAUGACCUUAUUCAUGACGUUGCCACUCGCUGGAACUCAAGUUACGACAUGCUUGAGCGGUACCUGGAGCAGCACACGGCGGCAUACGCGGCACUGACAGACAGGAGCCUCAAGAAAAAAAAAGAUGUCACCUUAUUGACGGACCAGGAGGUGAGAACAGCAGAGGAAGUAAUUGAGGUGCUUAAACCUCUAAAAGCCAUCACAACACUGAUGAGCACAGAAUCUGCACCUUCAGCCUCGAUGAUCCUUCCGCUCAAAAGUACACUGCUCAACUCUAUGGAACCCAACAUCGAAGACGGUCCAACUGUGAGUCAAAUCAAGGCUGCCAUCAGAGAGAACCUGGAGGACAGAUACACGGCUUGCCAAGACUACCUGCACAAAUGCACAGCCCUGGACCCCAGGUUUAAGGGCCUUCCUCAUGUGGAUGAGGCCUGUCGUGAUGGGACCUUCAGCAGCCUGAUCACAGAGAUUACCAUCAAGAAAGAAGAGAGUGCCGAGGCCACCGGGACAACAGCCGUCAGUGCAACUCCAGUGAAAAGAGAAGACAACCUUGAAGCAUCUCCUCCCCUCAAAAAAUCCGCAAUGACGGAACUGUUUGGUGAGCUCUUCAAGGCACAGGUGGGAAACGAGCCGACUUUGCAGCUCAUGGUGAAAGAAGAGGUGACCGCUUACAAAAUGGUCAGCUGCAUUUCGCUUGAUUCCGACCCACUUCUGUGGUGGAAGAGCAAUGAGCCCGCUUUCCCUCAUCUUGCUCAGUUGGCAAAAAAAUACCUCGCCAUACCAGCAGCUACCUCUGUCGCGAGCGAGAGCGUGUUUGCUACAGCGGGGGACAUUGGGUCUGCCAACGGGUCUGCCCUUUCUGUAGACUGUGUGGACAAGAUGAUUUUUCUGGCAAAAAACAUGAAGGCUGAAUCAGCCUAAACUGGACUACAAGCUGGAACUAUUAACGCUGAACUACACUUCUGAUCAAAAUGUUAAGAGCAGUUGAAAAAUGUCAGAAUGUACAUUUUGUACUGUUGAAUCUUAAGGGAGAGUAAAGUAGAGCUUUAAAAUGCAAAAAGAAGAAAUGGGAGUGACACAAAAAAGCAAUUUAUUCCAAAGAAGCAUUAAAGUGAAAUAGGCUGCUCAUCAUCUAAUCAAAAGUUUAAGACCAUAACUCAAAAAAACCUCUUAAAAUAGAAAUAAAAUAUAUAAAAAAGGAGUGAGUAAUGAGUGGCUGUGCCAUUCUUGUUAAUGAGCUGAAAAAUGGGUUUGGGCAUGUUGAUGCCAGUGUUUCCAGGAGUCUAGUGGGAAUGUUGUUCCAGGUGGGGAAGAUGGCUUCACGGAGGGCAUCCACUGUCUGGAACUGAUGUGCAUUUUUGUAAAUCCAUCCCAAAAUGUUCUCCAUUGGAUUUAGAUGAGGGGAACACACAGGAUGGUCCAAAAGGAGUAAGCUUAUUCCUCUGGAAGAAGUGCUUUUUGUGAAGUGCAGCAUUGUCCUGUUGAAAAAGCCAGUCAUUACCACACAAACGAGGGCCUUCCUUUUGGCCGAGGAAGGUCCUGUGUCUUGACGGACAGCUCAUUGUUUUGAGUCUACCACUUGACUUUUUUGUUCCAUGAGCCUCAAGAUGUUUGAAGAAGUUUGAACUGACCGUCCAACUUCAGCAGCAGUGAUGCACCGCGAGAGGCCGUACUCUGUGGCAGAGGCCGAAAUUUUUCAUUGGGCUGGCCAAAGUGAGACCAUUACUCACAUAAGGGUGGCAUUAAGUUGACACCUGAUAUGUCUAGAUGGCCAGUAGGGUGGCCGGAGAGUGACCAGGGGUGGCCACCCUGUAGUGCCGCCACUGGCUUUGCUUAUUCAGCUCAACAAUCCCACCGUGUCAACAUUUUGCCUUUUAAAGGCUCUUCAACUUUUGAUCCACUGAUGAACAGCCUGUUUCAUUUGAAUGCUUCUUUGCAGUAAAUUGCUUUUUUUUGUCUUACUCCCAUUUCUUUUUUUUUUUUUGCGUUUUGAAGCUCUACCUAGAACCUCUUUAAGAUCCAAGAGUCCAAAAUGUACAUACGACAAUUUUUCAACUGCUGUUAACAUUUUGAUCAGGAGUGUAUUAAUAAUUGACACUCUUCAAACUGUUACUAUUACCUGCUUGCAGUUUUUUAUGUUUCAUGUUAAAAAUCAUUAAAAUUGUUUACACAAAAGCUAAGCAGUGUUAGGUUGUGCAUUUUGUUGCAGACUGAUGUGAACCAUGACGCAAUGACAAAUGCCAGCUAUUUUGACUCUGUUAACGUUUCAUUACAUCUAUGUUGCUGUAUAAGAUGUACACUGACUACUCUAAAGUAUAUCCAAGUUUCACUCCUAUUGCAUUUCCCCGUGAGGAGAUAUAAUGAAAUGGUUGGUGAAAUGUGAGGUUUGUAUUUCUGAAACUGUAGAUAAUAUUUGCACCGUCUUAACCAGUGUUUGCUUUCAGGGUCUGUCUAAGUGUUCGAUGAUGGAUGAGACGCCGCUGAACAUCCCAGAGAGCGAUGCUGUGGAUGUGCACAAGCUGACAGCUAAAGUGGAUCUGUGCUGCCAGGACGAUGCAUCAUGCAGGUUAUGCCUGCUGAUAGACGCUGAACUCCAUGUCCAGGAGGGAGAAGACGUGGAUGAACAUCUCCACAAGCAGGAGGCCAGCCCUUCAUCAGUGACAGCGUUUGUGACCUUGUGUUACAAAACGCCACCAACCUUCCCGGCGUGCAAGCGGGUGGACUUCACAGUCGACCACACGGCUCUUGUGCAGAAUGUGGCAAAGGUAUCCUUGGUGAUCUGGAAGCCAGCUGGGGUGUUCUUCAGCAGCCUCGUGCAGGUCUAUUCUUCAAAAUCACUGCAUCCAAUCAAAGUAGUCGUAGAGGCUCCUUCUCUGAAUGAAGUGUGCUCUCGAAACCCGCAGCAACACAUCGAAGAGUGUUAUGUGCCCGCCGUCAGCAGCGUAAUUAACCGAGAAAUGAAUCAAGUAGAGCUGAAGUAUGCUGAAGGGAACAUGACGUUCCCUUUAAUGUGCAUUCAGUAUGAGACCAAUGGAAGAUGCCAGAGUUGGAAGAGGAAAACCAUCCCAUUGCACUCCGUCGCACCCUGCUUGUGUCUCCAGGUUUGGAAUGAUGACGACGAGCGGAGGCCAAGACGCUUUCGAAGCUGCCCCUUCAAAAACGAAGGGUUCCUCCACACCAACAUGAGGCGCAACCUGUCCGCCUCUGUGCGUCACGCUCACAUGAACAACCAAGGCCACCUGCUGCAGUGGAACUUGUCUGCUCCCUGCAGGCUGGAGGGGGAAGUGUGGCCCUGUCGCCGGACGUCAAGGCUCAGUUGCAUUGAGAUUGAAGGCUUUAGGCAACUGCUGGACAAUACAACAUGGACGCAAAACACGAAUGGACACUGGGUGCAAACGGGGGUGUUUGAAGACAUGGACCUGCAGCUGUCACCAUGUGUGAUGAUGAAAGUAGGGAGUGAAGGCCUCCACCUCGGUCCUUUCUGCUAUUGCGGCUCAGCCAGGUGGCGCUGGAGUUUGCUGGUUGUGGCUGCUUUCCUGCUGGCUUCCUUGGCGGCGCUGAUGUUUUGUCUGCUCCAUGACUUUGUGAAGGAAUGGUUGAGCGGAUCUCUCCGUGGAGGAUUUGCAGGCUUACCCUCGAAUUUUAAAGUUCGGAUAAGUCCUCACAUAGUUCUCCUGAGCCCUCCAGAUGUUCACGAUGGUGUUUCCGAGGCAGUUUGCAGCCUGGGCUGUCUGCUCAUGAAGCAGGACUUUAGCGUGUGUGUGGACCAGUGGAGCAGGAAGGAGCAGUGCAGCCUGGGGCCCGUGCCGUGGCUUCACUCCCAGCUGCUGCACUUGAAGAGCCUGGGAGGCCGCAUGGUGCUCAUCUUGACUCACAAAGCCUUGGAGCUUGCACACGAGUGGAGCCGUCAGCACCAGGAGGCUCUGAAGGCAAAGGCAGGAGGAGGAGGAGACGGGGAUGUGCCUCGGAUGCACUCCCCGUACUCGGACGUCUUCACGGCCUCACUGUGCCUCAUCCAGGGGGACAAACAGCACGGCCGAGUUGGACAGCGCUUUCUCCUGGUCACCUUUGACCCCAGCGUGGUGCAGCUCCGUGGUAGCUUCCCAGAACUGUUUCAGGGGCUUGAUCUGCUCCAGCUUCCCUCCCAGAUGAAACCUCUUCUGUGUGAGCUUGCUGGGGGAGGAAAACAGACGGCUGGAAAUGGGGAGCCUCGGACGGGUGUGGAUUAAAGACUAAAGAUGCAAAAAUUGUAAAUAUUCUGGAAUUGCAUCACGCUCAACUGUAUGCAAAGACAUCAUGAAAAUAACCAUAAUAAUACAGAAUAUGACUGAAAUGUACAGUAUAUGUGUAUAUAUGUAUGCUCACGAUAGCAUUGCUGUUUAAGUAUUACAGUCAUAUGGUAAAUCAUGGGGGAAAUAAACAUUUAUUUAUUUAUUCUUGCAUUACAAUAGCCGAAUGUUUUUAAGACAGGGGUGUCCAAAGUGUGGCCCAUGGCUAAUUUUUUAUUGACACCCAGCACGUUACAGAAACAUUUAAAAAAAAAAAAAAAAAACAGUUUGAGCAAAAAGGAACAAUGAUGGAGAAAUAACUGAAAUAUUUAUCUUUAUUAACAGUGCUUUAUUUAAAUCAUAGUUUACAGCCAACCUCUUUUAAAGUUUGAAAAAUUGCCCUGAAGUUCAAUAUUAUCAACUACUUGUUUUUAAAAAUAAUGAACUGCACGUUGUGAUUGUCUGACUCGGAAAGAUGGCGGGAUCAACGCUUUUUUCCCAACUAGCGGUACACUUCUUCUUUGGGCUUGUACAGAAUGUACAGCUUAUGCCGGAAGGGCGGUACACGAGCAUGUCUGUGCACUCCGCCCGCCUGGUGUGUAUUCUAACGAUGCUGUUCGAUUUUGACGUAUGUACGCCGACAACUUCACUGGAACUGCCACAUUUUAGGAUAAAUUCUUGACUUGUUUUAUACUCGCAGAGGAAUGUUCCAGAUGUGCUGUAGGAUGCCUCCUUGGAUGCUGUUGUCUGCUGUGUUGGUACUUCCUGUGCUCAGCAGUCGGUGUGCAGCAAACAAGCAGCGCGAGCAAUGCACAGCAGGAUGGAACUCCGGUGUAGGUGUGCAGGAGAAAGGUGUGUUUGAAGACAUGAAGCAUGAGGAGGUGGAGGUGCUGCAGCAGAUGUUCUUCGGGGUUGUGCUGUGUGCUUUGGCCACGCUGGCAGCCAAAGGAGAUGUGGUCUACACGGCGUUGUUCAUGGGAGCUGUGGCGGCCACGGCGAGCUACUGGCUCUCGGACAGGGGACACCGCUGGCUGGACGGCUUCCUCAAAUGACGCCAACUUCAAACUCAGUAGACCUCCACCAAGGCCCAAAGAGUUGAAACCUGUUCCUGUCGAGUGCCUUGGAUUUUUGCAUUUUUUUGUGAUUUCCUGCCCCUCUUCCAAAGAGCACCUCUUUCUUUGGCUUCUACACUUUUUGGAGGUUCUGGCAGCAUUCCUCUUCAACAUUUUUUCCUGUUCCUGUGAUUUGCUUGGUCAGGUGAUGCUGUUCCCUUCCAGUUCCGUAGGUGGCAGCAAUGAGCAUUAGAACAUGUGGUGCUGACUGCCACACGCUGGACUAAAUGCGAAAUAAAUCACUUUCUGUUA